UGUCCUGCUGAGAGAACCAACAACAGGAGGAAGGAAAAAAGAGCUGAGCAUCCAAAUAUCAAGCACAGAGCAAACACCGGUGAGUCGGGGAGACAGAAAAAGGAGUGGAGAAAGGUGGGGAAACUGGGGCACACGCAAAUUAGUGACACACAUUAACACUGGCAGGCGGGACCAAGAGAGGAGCGUGAGAAGAGGGAGAGGAAGAAGACGGAAAAAGUGCUGAUGGCAGAAGUGUGGUAGUUCACCCUCCCUGGACCUGAGAGUGACUAUCCCCCUUGUUUUUCCUCUCAUCUGUGCCCUGUCUCCUUAUCCGUUCUCUGACCCUGUCCCCUCCUCCUUCACCCUCCUCUCCCCUUUCUUUCACAUGCCUUUGCUUGCGCACCAUUCCCACAGUCAGACCAGGGAGAGCGCAGCGCCUGGCUCGCAUCUCUGCCUUUCUCUCUGCAUCUCUUUCGUUCUUCUGCCAUCUCUCUGCCCUCCAUCUCCACCUCCUUUGAUUUUCACUCUGCAGCUAAAAUCCUGUUAAAAACAAUCCCCAAGCUCGGCAUCAGAGGCAAGACACAAGUGACAAACCAGUGAGGGAAUAAAUUGGGGAUCCUGCAAAGAACUGAGGACUCUUUGUUCUUCUCAGGGUUUUGAUGACUGACCUGCUCUGAAGUCUCUCUUAUACGAGGAAAGACUGAAAAUGGGAGGAUUAAUGUGAGGACAGGAAAAGAGGAAAAGCUUUUGCAGAGCUGUUUUGCUUCAAAGAACAAAGUGAUGCAAAGAAGACGCAGCAUUUGAACAAAUGAAGACUUAAGCCACAUACAAGGAAACAAAAGAACUUUAAAAGAAGCAGGAGGACCCAAACACAGGAUCUGAGCCAAAGAAGGGAAACUUAAAUUAAGAGAUUAAAAAAAAUCUCUUUGAGACUACACGCUUCCCUGCCAGCCACUCUCCCCACUUCAAAAUCUAUCCGAUCUGUAGUUUUCCUCUGUCUUGGGUUCUGCCACCUUUACUGAAGCUCAGCCAUGCAGGUGUCCAUCGCCUGCACGGAUCACAACCUAAAGCGGGGGAAUGGGGACCACAGCAAGCAGAACGCCACCAGUCCCAACGUGGUGAACCAAGCGAGAGCCAAGUUCCGCACCGUGGCCAUCAUUGCUCGCAGUUUCGGCUCCUUCACGCCGCGCCACAUCUCACUCAAGGAGUCAACAGGAAAACACACGGGCAUGAAAUACAGGAACCUUGGAAAGUCAGGACUCAGAGUAUCAUGCUUAGGACUGGGUACAUGGGUGACAUUUGGAGGACAGAUAACAGAUGAGGUUGCAGAGCAGUUAAUGACCAUUGCCUAUGAAAGUGGAGUCAACUUGUUCGACACAGCUGAGGUCUACGCAGGUGGCAGGGCCGAAAUCAUUCUAGGAAACAUUAUCAAGAAGAAGUGCUGGAGGCGGUCCAGCUUGGUCAUUACAACAAAACUUUACUGGGGAGGAAAAGCGGAGACAGAGAGAGGAUUGUCAAGGAAACACAUUAUUGAAGGUCUGAAAGACUCUCUAAAGAGGAUGCAGUUGGAGUAUGUAGAUGUAGUUUUUGCCAACCGCCCUGACAGCAACACGCCCAUGGAGGAGAUUGUUCGAGCAAUGACUUAUGUGAUAAACCAAGGUAUGGCGAUGUACUGGGGGACGUCUCGGUGGACAGCCAUGGAGAUUAUGGAGGCGUAUUCUGUGGCAAGACAGUUUAAUCUGAUCCCUCCAGUGUGUGAGCAGGCAGAGUAUCACCUCUUCCAGAGGGAGAAAGUUGAAGUGCAACUUCCCGAGCUUUAUCAUAAAAUAGGAGUUGGAGCAAUGACAUGGUCACCGCUGGCGUGCGGCAUCAUCACAGGGAAAUAUGAAAAUGGCAUCCCUGAAUCUUCAAGGGCCUCCAUGAAGUCCUAUCAGUGGUUGAAGGAGAAAAUAGUCAGUGAGGAUGGAAGGAAGCAGCAAGCCAAGCUGAAAGAGCUCAACCACAUUGCAGAGAAGCUGGGCUGCACUCUGCCUCAACUGGCUGUGGCAUGGUGUCUAAGAAAUGAAGGAGUGAGCUCCGUCCUUCUGGGAACAUCCAACCCCGAACAGCUCACGGAGAACCUCGGGGCCAUACAGGUUCUUCCCAAGAUGACCUCUCAUGUGGUGUCAGACAUCGACCACAUCCUGGGUAAUAGACCAUACAGUAAGAAGGACUAUCGUGCUUAGACCAGACUGGUGGACUACUAAGUGGUCAGCUGUACCUACCUACUUCACCAUACUUCUACCUUGGACCCUCUGUUCAGUGUUCAUGUUCAUGGUUCACUCCUUGGGCCUCACUUAGCUCCAGCCCACAUCAUCCCAGAACUGACAGCCUUGCAAAGUCCAGCGUUCCGUACCAACAAUGUCUGUUUGAGACUUCUGCUUCGAUUAGCUCUACCAUGUUCAGCUCAGGUCCAGUACAACUCAGCCAACUUUUCACAGCCUCAAACACAACUUAGUGAAUCAAAAUUUUCUGUCCCAAAGACGACAGGCCACAUACAUCUUUGAUGUAACUAUGCAGAGCUUAGAGCAGCCCGUGUUAUAGCUCCGAGGAAUCUUGUUUUGAUAUUUAUCUAACAAGACUGACAGUAGGUCUUUGGUUGGAUAACAAAGCAGCCAACUACAGCUCAUUUUUAGAUAUAUCAAAUUACACCCCCUCUCUGUUGGUUUAUAAACACAGAAGUGAUGCAAGAGUAUUUAAAGUGCCUUGUUGAAGAGCACCUUGAAUAUUCAUCUAUCCUUGCAGUUCAGUUCAUUUUUCAGACACUGUAGUCCAGCCCUGCACUCCAAAACCAUUUUAUUUAAGAACAAAUUAAUGUUGGACAGAUAUUUUCCAUCACUGUAAGCACCUCAGAUGUGGGGAUCAGCUGGACCUCAGAUGAGUGGACACAGAGAGGCUUCAGUUGCAUGCUGACGCAAAUCAUUUAGUCAGUGCUUUCAGUGUUAUGCUAUGCAGUGCAGCAAAUUUCCAUAAACGCUUCCAGCUUUAACCUCCUGUGUCAGAGGUGCACACUCAUGUCAUGGGGUAAAAAUGUCUUCUCAUGAAAUGUGGUCUUUGUCAAUGACAAGGUGACUUGCUCAUACUUCUCAAAAACUGAUCUUAAUGAAUAUGAAUGACACCUCAACAAACCUAUUAGCUUGAAUUAGCUUUAAGAUACUCACAAGAUGUAUUCAGCCCCAUAUUUAGUACUACAUAGUACAAAUUAGUAUUCAGCAGAUAUUAAUGGCUGCAAAUCCUGAGUGCAUCAACCAACAAAUGCAUGUUCCCUUACUAUAGUGUGCCUCUUUCUGAUUUUUGGUGAUGCUCAUAAUUAAGAGUCGGAUCAAAAAUACUGCAAGAUUGCCUGCUGUGUGACCCUGGUGAAGCAGAGGAUUGUGGGAUGUGGAGUAUUGGUAGGAAUUAGAGAAAAGAGUAAGAGAGACAGAGACUAAUAGAAAAGCACAUUGCUCUCUUGUGGUCAUUUUAAAGAAGUGCUGCUCUGCUUCUUAUGGAGGGGAGAAAUAUUGCCUUGCAAAAACAAGAACAUCUGAGAUAAAAAAGGACUACACAGUUUGCAUUUAUUAUGAAAACACUGGUUUUUUGCUUGUGAACUAAAGCUGCUUUACUUAAUGCUUCAGAGAACCUACAGCAUGAUCUAGGAGGGAAAUAAAUGACAGGUCUGGUUGUGACAAUAAAAACUGCAAAAGACUGCUUGUUAAUGGCACAAUGUGGCAUAUAGACAAGGCAUUUCAGAUGUGGCAAAGAUUACAGUAUUUAUUCUUGAGUAGUCACUGAAUAUGAAAUUUAUUUGAACAUUUUUAAACAUUGUUUUGUUUGAAGAUGCUACAUGUAUAUAAAAUAUUAAGGCAUACUUUGUAACAUAAGUAAAACUAUCAGGAAGCUUCUUAUGGUUGUAAGGACUUCACUGUAAUGUAUGGAAAAUAUAUAAAUAAGAUGUAAAUAGAGUUAUUUUAUUGUUCCCUUGCUGUAUCACUGCAUCAGUUGCAGUGUUUUUUUUGUGAGUCUUCAUCCCAUCUUCCUCCCUCAGCUUGGCUUUAAAACAUCAGUGUUCAUUUAUGUCUCUUGAGAUAUCUGCAAAACAAACAUUUUCUGGGCUCUUUUUGUUUUUUCUUUUUGGAAUAAACUAUGAUUUCUGCAUUAACGAUCUGAAAAGUCAGGGAGGAGGGGCGAUUACCAUUAUAAGGAAACAUAAAUAACAGACCUAAAUGUUACUCUGUGCCCUCACUUUUAAACAUUAUCUCCAACUCAGUGGUUCGAUUUAUGGUUGUCACCUUCUUGCAUUCAUGUUGUUCUGCUUCAUCUGGAAAACAAGCCAUCACUGAGAUCAGCAGAGAUGUUGGCCAGGUUGCAGCUAUCUCCAUCUUGAUGAAUGUUGACUUGCAGCACAAACGCCCUCUGCAGAUCAGUAGGUAACGACUGCAUUUGCUUUUCCCAAAUGCUCACACAAAAAUUUCCUCUCAUUCUGGACAUCGAAAUAGUAACUAAUACAGUGGAGUAAAGGUUUUCUCCACGGCGUUAGAAAAUGUUUGAUGUGUACAAAUGUAAAAUGCAUUUUAAGUCUGUGUGUAAGUCAACAUGUUUCCUAUCACUGAGUCAGUGUUGAACUGUGGCCACCUGGCAGAGUGCCUUCACUUGAGUCCUGCUACAGAUAUACAUUCAGGGAUGUUUUUCGUUACAAGUUGAUCAAUCGUGUUCCGGUGCUGGCUAACAAGAUAAUGUGAGAAGAGAAUAUUUAAGCAUAUAAUGUAUAAAUAUUAUAUUUGCCUGCUUAAUCAAAUAUCUAUAAUUUCAUUGUAACAAACUGAAGAACAGCUGAAUAACCAGUGGUUUCUCAAUCGGAAAAUUCCUCUAAACGGUUAUGUAGCUCUGUCUACAGAAAACAUUAUGUUGCAGAAUCAAACUCAGACUACCAUGUUCAAGUGUCUACCCCAACUUAGUAAAAAAUGUCUUAGUCAUUAUUAUAUUCUUGCACAAACAUCCUCCUAAACCCCUUCUACCCUGUCCUCAAAAAAACAUUUUGUCAAUUAUUUCUACUGUACAUCAAGCCUUAAGAGAUGAAACUUCACAUUUAAUCUAACCGUUAAUUUCCAGGAUGUUUCAAAGCAUUUUUUGCAAGUACGGCUUUGGGAUAGCCAAAAUGCCAUUCUGAGUUUGUUCUGUACCAUUUUCUCUCUGUUGGGUUUUUAGGCCUAAAUCUGAUUCUUUGAUAUACGUUUUCUUUAACCUAUUUGAUACACAAAGCACUAGCUUUGAUUCAAGACAGAGCAGCAAAGAAUCAUGAGCUCCACAGACUGCAAUGAACUCUACACUUCAGUUUGCUCACAGCUUGAAAAACGUGGAAUCGGAAAGCAACAAGCAACUCGCCUGGUAAUUUUCACCUUAAAUUAAAAAUAUAUAUACAGUAGUAAAAUAAAAAAGCCUGCAAAUGUCCUGAAUUUGGUGAAUCAUCCAAACUAAAUCUAUUAAAAUGUAGUGCUAUACAACAGAUCAAUGUUGUGUACAGCAUGUAUGAUGUGUGGAUAGAAAAGCCUUGAUUGACAGAUUUAUUUUUUUUGUGUGAUAUGCAAAUCUCCUGUGUAACUGUCUCUCUGCUGAAGAGUGGUCUUUCUGUAUAUAGCCUAUAUGAAAGUGUGAUUAGAAAUAAAUGCAUUGCCAAUGAAAACAUUUGUGUCUGCUAAUUUAGUUGGUAAAUGGGCUCUAUACCGUACCUCAAACAGGUUGCUUAACUCAGAUUUAUCUACCUACUCAAAAGGCUGUGAAGCAAACACACAUGACAAG